CUUUCCGAAGUGAGGCGCGAGCCGGAACCGUUAAAAUUGUGCAGCGGAGCUGCCUUAAAGGAUGUGCGGCUUCCCUCUUUCAUGCUGGUACGGCACAUCUCAAACUUCAUCAGACGACGAGGUGAAGCAGGCGGAUUCCCCGUGCUAUUUACUGCGGCCUUUGUAGAAUUCAUUGAGCAAUGGCAAAACCCAGACCAGUGGUAAUUAGUGGACCCUCUGGAGCAGGAAAGAGUACUCUCCUGAAGUUGCUUCUCAAGGAGUACGACCAAGUUUUUGGAUUCAGCGUCUCUCAUACAACAAGAAAUCCAAGGCCAGGUGAAAAAAAUGGCAAAGAUUACCAUUUUGUAUCGCGAGAAGAAAUGCUUCGUGGUAUUGAAGCUGGGGAAUUUAUAGAAAAUGCAGAGUUCUCAGGAAACAUGUAUGGAACAAGUAAAGCAGCAGUACAGGAGGUACAAGCCAAGAACCAAAUCUGUAUUCUUGACAUCGACAUGCAGGGCGUGAGGAAUAUCAAGAAAACAGAUCUGUGCCCAAUCUACCUUUCCGUUCAACCACCAUCGUUUGAAAUUCUUGAACAACGAUUGAGACAGAGAAAAACUGAAACUGAGGAAAGUUUGCAAAAGAGGCUGACAGCAGCAAAAUCAGACAUGGAAUUCAGUAAAGAGCCUGGUAUGUUUGAUGAAGUACUAAUUAAUGACGUUUUAGAAGAUGCCUAUAAUCGAUUGAAAUCAGUUCUUAUUGAGGAAAUCCAAAAGGUGAAAGCCUUACAGAACUGAACUAGUUCCAAACUCCAUUCCACCCAGAAAUUCUAACAUUCCAUUUCAGCAAUGUACACAAAGGAAGAAUGAAAAUUUCUAAACAAAACAUCCAUGUAUUUAUUUAAUAUCUUAACAUGCUUAUUUUUAAAAAAUAACUUUAUUUUUGUGUUGGCCUGUUAUUGUUGACUAGCAUUCCAAUUUUUGCUAGUGUCUCUUCUAGGGAUAUUUGACAAAUAUCACGGAAUGCUUUUUGAUUAAAACAAAACCAUGGCUUUACCAAUUUUGCUUGGUAUAACAAGGAAUACUCUUUCUGUGAUGCUUUGUGGAAAGUACUUGUGUGCAAUUUUAUAGAAUUUUUUUUUUAACAUGCAUAUACUGGGCAGUAACUACAGUAUCAACAAUAUUGCGACACUCCAAACACAAGCUACUAUUACUGUUUCUUGUAAUGUUUAAUAGAGGAAAAAGUAGUCGUGAUUGGACCAGUGGAAAGAUGAAGUAGACUUGGCUGAUGCUUUGUGCAAAGAUAAUUUGAGAAAGCUGAUGCUAUCCCACAAUUCCUUUCUUUUCAGAAAUUUGCUUUUUUAUAUAUAAAUAUAUAUAUGAAUGAUCGUUAUUGUCUCAGUGAACUUAGUUACUGUAUUGAAGUAGGAAGAAUUAUUUAAUUGAGGAAAUAUGUCUGAAUUUUUUAUUUUAAAUUCCCCCUCCCAAACAAGAUUUUAGAUGGCUUCUGUAUUUACCAAUGUCUUUAGGGGUUAAAUAAAACCAAUGAGAAAAA